UCGAACAGUGCAAACGUGAUGUCGUAUCCGAAAAUGGCAAUCCUAAAGCUUUUCUGUACUUUCCUGAUCCUCCGGCAAGGGCUGGCUGAAGUGGUGACCCCGACCACCGAACCACCCACUCGGAUCAAUGGUGGCCAGCAAGUGAACGAGUCGGUGCCCUUCCAAGUGUCCCUGCAAAUGCAGCGCCGUGGUCGCUGGCAGCACUUCUGCGGUGGCUCCAUUGUGAGUGGCCAGCAUGUCCUUACGGCUGCCCACUGUGUGGAGAAGAUAAAGGUGGAGGACGUCAGCGUGGUGGUCGGAACGCUCAACUGGAAGGCAGGAGGACUGCGCCACCGGGCGGUGACCAAGCACGUUCAUCCCCAGUACUCGAUGAGUCCGCGGAUCAUCAACGACAUCGCCCUUGUCAAGGUCACUCCCCCGUUCCGUCUGGAGCGAUCCAAUAUCAGCCCCGUCCUCAUGGGAGGAUCCGAUCGCAUUGGUGAGAAGGUGGCUGUCCGCCUCACCGGCUGGGGAUCCACAUCGCCGUCCACCACCUCGGCCACUCUGCCGGAUCGCCUGCAGGCGCUGAACUACCGCACCAUCUCGAACGAGGAGUGCAACCAAAAGGGAUUCCGGGUGACGCGCAAUGAGAUCUGCGCCCUGGCUGUCCAGGGUCAGGGGGCAUGUGUGGGCGACUCUGGUGGACCCCUGAUUAAGUCCGGUCCCCAGCCGCACCUGGUGGGCAUUGUGUCGUACGGCUCGUCCACCUGUGCCCAGGGCAGGCCCGAUGUCUACACACGAGUGUCCAGCUUCUUGGCCUACAUCAGCCAGGUGAUCAACCAGGAUCUGGCCCAAUAAAUACACUCCGGCAGCGCAUAAAUAAACCUUGGUUCAACUAAACUUGACUAAAUUCCUCGGGGUCUCGCGUUCUUGGCUAUGCCCCUACUGCCUCCCUCCUUCUGGCGACUAAUUAAAAAUCUUGUUCAAUAUUCGCCACAGCCAAGAAUGGAAGGCGGAGGAGUCUGGGUGGAGUCCCAGUCGCAAGUCGCCUCUCCAUCUCUAGGCUUGGCCCGACUCCAGCGAAAACUUGGGCUGCCGCCUGCCAGGGCGACCAUGAUAAAUGCAAAAAGCAAUUUAUCGCGCAUUUAACUCAAUUCAGUUUCUUUAUGGCAGCGGGACGGCGGAGCCUGCCACAAAGUUUCGCUGACACGCACACUGCGGCGGACGGCGGACGGUGGACAGCGGACGGCGGACAGCGGACGGCAGACUGUUCCCUGCUCUCUCUGAAGACCGGGCCUUGUAAUUCGAUAUUAGAUUUUAUGCGCGACAAAUACGAAGUGCAAACAUUUUUAUGUUCCCGCCGUUUCAUAGCUGCGAUUGGUAUUGGUAUUGUGUGCAAGUGUAUGUGUAUGUGUAUGUGUAGGGGAAACGAUUUAACGGGGCGCCGACUUUGAGUUCGACUCUAACUUUGGUCUCGCCCCGACUGCGGCUGUGUAAUUAAGUUCAAAUAAUGUGGAGCUGAUGUCUUUGCGGGCUCGAAGGACCAUUUUCCUGCAGAGGAGCCCGUUUCCUAGCUCGUUUCACGCUCUCAAUUUACUGGCUCAAAGCUCGCCACGCUCUGCGGGCCUAACAUGGAAAAUCUGGCCCCGACUGAACUUCCAUAUAGCUAACAGCUAACAGCGGGUCAAAUGCGUCGAAUACUAAAGCACCCAUUUGAAACCUCCAUCGCCCAGGCCAAGCAUCUCAUCCCAAGACAAUCUGCGCUCUGAGCACUGCGCACUGCGCACUGCUCACCAUAUAAAUUCAUUUAGAUCAAUCAAUUCAAUUUGUUUGUCAAUAAGCCCUAAAUGAGUAUUUCAUUUAAACAAAUUAAGAUUCGACCCAUUCGGAAUGCCAGAGGCUGCGCGGACUCAUCCCGCAGCAAUUAAAAUUGACGCGACACACUCGAUUCCCUGAUUUCUUAAACGAGCGCAAUGGAAACACAUAUAAAUACG